CACCCGCCUCACUUUACUCUGUGAUCAGAGCGGUCGCUGAUCCGGGUCACGACGGGUCUCAUCUCAGACCGAAGUCAACCCGGCUAUGUGAUAGAACACAAAACCAUCAAAUGUAUAAGCCGUAAAAUACGAAAAAAGGUGGAUUCUCGAUGAAAAAUUACACAUCGUUCUUGCGCAAACGAACGAUACCAGGUCUCUCUCUCUCCCCACCCGACCCGGAAAGCCACCCUCCCCACUUAGCACGAACGAGCGAGAGCGGGAAGCCAUCGAUGACGGGGGACGAGAGAGUCGCCGUUCAAGCUUCUCAUUCUCGUCGUUUCAAGAAACGCAAGCGAGUUAAGUUGAAGCGAAGUAGAGGAAAGCGUAGGGAACAUGCCAUUGUCAGUCCUCUAGUCAAGAAGUACUGGUUACAAAGAUAUCAACUGUUCUCUAAGUAUGAUGAAGGUGUCAAACUGGAUGAGGAAGGGUGGUAUUCUGUCACUCCUGAGGAGAUUGCUAUCAGCCAUGCAGAGAGAUGUCGCGGAAGAACCGUGAUUGAUUGCUUUGCUGGUGUUGGUGGCAAUGCCAUUCAGUUUGCUAUACUAUGUCACCAUGUUGUUGCAAUUGAUAUUGAUCCACAAAAAAUUGCACUGGCUUUUCAUAAUGCCAAAGUCUAUGGGGUAGCAGAUCGAAUUGAUUUCGUUGUUGGGGACUUCUUCCAACUCGCUCCAUCACUGAAGGGUGAUAUUGCUUACCUUUCACCUCCAUGGGGUGGCCCAUCAUACAAAAUGAUUCAGCAAUUUAAUCUUGAUCUGCUCAAGCCAAAAGAUGGCUAUUCAGUUUUUCAAGCUGCUCAGAGGAUAACACCAAACAUCAUCAUGUUUCUUCCGCGCAACAUGGACUUAAACCAAGUGGAAGAGCUCUCUUGGCUUUCUUCUCCUCCUUUACAUGUUGAGAUUGAAGAAAAUUACGUGGAUGGCAAUUUCAAGGGCAUAACUGCAUACUUCAGUGAUGUUGCAUCGAGGCAGGCCUGACCGUCAUGCUCUCCCAGGCCGUUGCCAUGGCUAACUCGCUAAAUUGGUUCGACUAGUCAAUUUUUUUUUUACCCUGAGCAUAGUAUUUCGGUGCCAUGAGGCUGAUGCUUGGAGAAUUUUGUCAGCAGUUCAUGACCAAGUAGAAUUUGACACGCCUGGCCGGGGAUAGAUUUUUCCUGGAUGUUCAUUCUUGUAGGGAUUGCUUCGAGGGUAUUGACAUUUGAAAGCUUUUCUCUCGUCA